AUGUCUCGGUCUAAGAAAACUGUAGAUCUAGAGAUUGCCUCCGAGUCCGGAGCGCUCCAGCCCAAAAUUCAAGCGGAUACAAUCCACCGGUUUCCUGUGAUCAUGAACCCAACCAACUCUUAUGGUAUCAUAGGAGCAAAGCUUGGAGUUAGUGAAGAUUACGCUACACAUGACCAUCGCAUCACUUUUACUUAUGCGAUGCCUUCAGCGAGCGGGUUCUGCGAACAAAUCGCUUCCACGAGCGCUAUAACUACUCCCAUUUUUUUAAAUGGGAAGGGCAAGGACAAUUUCGCACGUAACCGAUCGGAAUAUGUUCCAAUAUGGGCGAUUGAAAGGCACAUAAGCGACGAAGCCGAUAAGCUUCUUGACCUUCUAGAAAAUGAUAUCUUUGAUGCUCUACUAAGAGGCAUCCUACGUGCCGUCCAGUUUACUGUCAUUGCAGACAAAAACUCCCCAAAGAAGGUUUUGGAAUCUUACACCUUUACCUUCGAAAAUUCCGGCGAGCGCGGCACCGCAGAUUGCCUAACCAAUGGCCCAAGGAUGGAUUUUGUCAGUCCCCAUGAAGAUCGAGUAAGCAUGCGUACUAUGAUUUUUGAUGGGAAGGCCCUCAUACGACGGUUGAUCAAAAUGUACGAGCGCAGCUUGGGAAUACACGUCUUCUACAAACCGGAAUGCCCCAGAUCUUACGGUAUGCCUGGGUUUGCUGAUUUCCAAGACGAAACCAUUGAAUAUCCACAGACUUCGUUCUGGAAGAGGACGAAGCGCUUUUACGGAAGCGUCGACAGCGGCUUCCACACAGUGGGGUUGAGAGUGAAUUCUCUUAUUUCCACAUCGCCCGGUGGUGAAGCUCACUUCCCUUCGGUGGAGGAAGCGAGUGCCGAUGCAGUCCUCCGUUCUGACGAGGUCGGGAUUCCCACGCCUGCUCAAAUGCCGCUGGACGUAGUUGGGGAAAUAUAUCUUUCUACAGACGAAAGCACUGCCAGUGACUCCGACUAUAGACGCAUGGAGGACCUAAUAUUCUUCAAAAGAGAAGAUGUUGAUUUUUCUCAGUCUACGGCGCAUAAAAUGGCUCAGUCAUGGACUGACCCCGCUGUUGAUCCAGCCGACGAGUCAAAGACAAAACGCCCUACACGCCCUGAACGGUCGAAAAGAUCCCGGAUACCUUUCAAUGAGCCAGAAGCGGAAGCUUAUGCAACAAAUCCCAUCAGCCGCGAAGGUAUUUUCCUUUCUCGGACUCGUCGAGAAACUCGAGAAGUUCUUUCCCCGACUGUAUAUAUUCGUCGCUUGCAGAACGCAGGUUCGAAACCAAUCGUCACAACAAGAACGGUCGACUAUGUCAAGAAUCGCCAGGAUGCCACUAAGAAGCUAGACGAGAGGGAUAAAGAUAAUAACGAGAGCCCCCCAAGUAGCGGCAUGACUGAGUAUGGGAUCAAGGAUGGGCGUCGGCAUCGGUGUGAGUGCAAUACUUGGAGAUUCACACUCAAAAAGUCUAUACAAUGUGCCAAUUGCAAGGACCACCAGCACACCCUGUGCUAUGGCUAUUAUUCUGCAAAGGAUCACCGAAUUCCAGAUAUACAUUACUGCUACAGCUGCUUGAUCGGAUACGACUUUGAUAGCAAUCUGAUGGAAGAACUGAUCAAGCUUAUCCGAAUGCGCAGGAUAAUACCGGAUCUCAGUUUUGCCAGUACCAUGUUACCAUUGAAUUGGCAACUGGCCUAUGAACUUAACUGCAGCGAUGAUGAGGCUCGUGCAACAGUCCACAAUCUCAGGAAACUUGGUAUUCUGCGUUCAUGUGAUUUCAAGGGGUACGAAAUACCCCCUCCUAAACCCUAUCCAAUGAUUCGCUCACAUUGGUCCCGUCCUGGUACGCCGAUAUUGGCCAGGCUGCCCACCAAGCCCACUGAGGAGCGUGGUAGCUUCGACCCUCGCCAGAAACCUAAACCUUGGGAGCGGGUACGCUCUAACCCUUCUGCCAAUGUCAAUUUCUUUGGGGGCCAGGCCCCAAACAGCAUUUCGAAGCGGAGGCUGGAUUUGCAAGAUGAAGGCUUUGAAGAUGGUAUUGUUUCUACUCGGCGGGCCAAGAAGACGAAGCUUAGAUAG